CAAACCAUUAUUGUCAAACACCAAGACAGAUCAAGAAAAAGUUCAUCUCCACCACCCACCAUCCACCAUCCCCUUUAAGAGCUAGAAUGGACAACAGAAGAUUAAACAAGCUCUACCAAACAGGCGUAGUGAUCAAGCAAAUAGUGAAGAGAUGUUCCAGCCUAGGCAAAAAACAUCAUGGCUACAACAACGACGAUGAACUCCCCCUUGACGUACCCAAAGGACACUUCGUCGUCUACGUCGGAGAAAACCGGAGUAGGUACAUUGUCCCCAUCUCCUUCUUGGCCCGGCCCGAGUUCCAGCGGCUUCUCCACCGGGCCGAGGAGGUUUUCGGGUUUGACCACGACAUGGGGGGCCUCACCAUUCCCUGCGACGAACACGUGUUCCAAUCGCUGACGUCCAUGCUUCGAUAAAGUAUAUGAUCCGACGGCCGGAGAUAGAUGUUGAUGGAGCUGCGAUGUGAGGAUGGUGAUUAUCCUAUCCGAUCCGAUCCUCAUCAUAAUAUAGUCCAGGCAGGAAAUUAAUAGCCAGCUCUGAUAGAUUAUUACGAGUAUAAUUUUUUUUUAUUAAUUACUAAUUGUUUUUUACUGACUGGAGUUGGGUUUUAAUCCUCUCUCGAAGAAAUAAAAAAAAAGAAAAAAAAAACAAACCUGCCGAGUAUUUCGCUAUGUUGUAAAAACCGGACCGGGAGGUGACCCGGACGAAUGAUCGGGUCACGGGUCAACCCGGACCCGACGGGUCAACCCGGUCAACGCCGGAAAACCCGGUCAACUCUUAUAUAAUUUUUUUAGUAAUAAACAUAUAUAUUAAUAUACUUAAACAAAUUCUUGAGUAUGAUAAAAUAAUAAUUAUACUUAGUUAGCAACUUUUUAUGUCCAAAACAUUUUUGGAUAUUUGUUUUAGUUCUAAAAUAUUUGAAUAUAGCGUUGAAUAAGAAUUAUUAUUCGUUUUUUAAUAUUUAAAAUUCAGUGUAUUUAAGUAUUUUACUUUAUAUUAUAAAAUGUUAGAAGUGCUUUUAGGUAUUUUACUUGAUAUUUGAAUGAUAUAUAAGGAGUAAAUAUUAAUACGUAUAGGAUAGUAAAAUGAUACGGAUUACCAUUUACUAUGUAUUUAACAUGUUAACAUUUUAGAUGUGUAUAAUAACUGCUAAAGAGCGAAUAUAGCACAAGUUGUAGUUGUAGUCAGCUGGGCAUAGCAUUUAUCUUUCACACGUUCCACCUGGGUUCGAUUCCCUCUUGUGUUGCAAUUUUGUAUUUUAUAAACAACCGGUUUCGACUGAAUUCCCGGGUUUGUGCGGGUCUGGGCCGUGCCCGGGUUCGAGCGGAUCCUUGGGUUUUUCCGGUUUAAGCAAUGUUUGCGGGUCAAUGUCUAACCGGACCGGGUAGGACUCCGGUUCACCGGUUUCCGGGCCGACCCGCCCGGUCCGGUCCGGUUUAUUAAACAUAGGUAUUUCGCAAGUUGUAAAGUUUGAAAGGAUUUAAUUUCCCCCUUUGAUCAUACAAUUAAUUGAUUAAUUAAUUAUAUUGCACCAUUUGUAGUUUGUACCUGUGAAAAACUAUCGUACGUAGUCCGUAGACCGUAAUUCACUUAUUUAAUUUCGUAUGUCCAGAGUUGAAUUGAAUAAAGAUUCAACCGGAAACUAUAUACGGAGUAGAUUCCUAAAGAAUUUAAACAUUAAUUUAUUUAUUUACAAGUAAACUCUCUAAAUGAGUAAAUGGAGGUAUAUAUGUGGUUAGUUUGCUGUCAAUAUUUUUUUUUAUCCGGAGGUGGAUGGAGGGAGUCUGAGGUAAACAAGACUGAAACUUUUUUCAAGGAAUUUCAAUCAGAUAUCGGCCUCCCGAUCGAGACCAGCCUCCCGAAAAAGAGUAGGUGACCAGCAGAGCUGGAUCGUUUCCUCACAAUAUUUUUUAUUACAUUGAACUUUUUAAUAUGAUUGAGUUGGUUCAGUUUGAAUCUGAGUUGAUCUAAUUUGUUCAAAUUUGAUCCGAUAAAUGUUAGAAUUUUAUUAUGGUUGAAGUCUGCUCUGAUUUAAUACUAUCAGGAAUAUAUAAUUUGGUUAAAUUUAAUCCACCUGGUUUGACUUGGAAUGAAAGUACUCUGUAAUUUAAAAACUUUAAUUGAAAACAUGCAUCUUGAAUCCCAAUAGCAACACUGUUACUGUUGGUUCGGUGUGGACUCUGUUUAUCUUUGUAAACGCAUUAUUUUAUGUAGAAUCCGGUAACCUCCAUGUUUUUCUAUUUAUUUAAUUUUUAUUUUCAUAUCACCAUGCAUGUCGUCAUAAAAUGAUAUAUUCGAAAUUUCUUGGUUGAAUGUGUUAUACUCUAAGAAGUGUUAUAUUUUCGUACAAAAUUAUUUAUAAUAUGGAAAUUAAAUGAUAUGAAUGUUUCACUAUUGAAAUUGUAAAAUGUACUAUGGCAUAUGUUGGGCCCAGUUAACAUCCGUUCAAGUGGGCCGAUAUACUACUGGGUUCAUUUAGUGGCCAAAGUCCAUCGUGAGUCGUGACUGAUGAAGUAAAAAGAAGUCCAACUAUUAGCCCUUGAUAAUUCAAAAUAGAAGAUAAGAACGUGGAAGGAGUCAAAGGCUGAGAGGGAGCGGUUGCACAUGGAGAGAAAGUAGGAAAAUGGUCGCUACACUUGGGGAAUAAGUAAAUUCCUUUGUAUAAAUACACUAGCUAAACUCCAUUGUAACACACGAUCAUAUGAGAUCAUACACACACUCGAGCUCAGUCAUUCUAUAAUGUCAACACUCAAGCAUAAUUAUUC